GACGCUAGAGCCACCUAAAUUAGCAGUGCACUAAUGCCUCCGCGUACGUAGCUCGCUCUCUCUCCCCCUGCUCCCUCCUCGAUAAACCGCGCGCCACUUCCAACCCCGACCACUAUUAACUAUUAUCUCGCUGAUGCUAUCUAAAACAGUGGUUUUACGGUCUCCAGAUAGUUAGUGUCCACUGAUACAACUUCGCUCUUUCACAACAUGUACUUUGAAUACUCACCAUCUAGACAUGACAUCCGAGGCAACAUGACACCACGUUUAUUUUGUGGCGUGUUUUCAAGGGAAGAAAGCUUGAACUAGCUGGGGCUGGAUCACAAUCACGGGUGAAUAAUGUGAGGACAUAGGAGGGGUGUGACUGACAACAUGUUGUCUUUAAUGAAGAGGGGUGUGACUGACAACAUGUUGUCUUUAAUGUCUCGGCCCCGGCAUAGCCACAGGACACGUUGCACACAAUAGCUUCUCAAUAGUUUUGUAUUUAUUUAUUUAUUUUAUUUAUUUAUUCCCAGCAUAAGACUCGGAAGAUAAUGAUAGCGGAACCAACAGUAUGUGCCUCUUGUUAUGAAACGUACACGAUGUACUCUGCACGAUAUUUAAAAGGAAGAGGCAUCCAAUGUAUUCUGGUCUGUGUUCUAUCUAAUGGCCCUAGUUAAUCGCAUGCAGACAUUUGUUUUGAAUCUAGUUACAAUAUCCUCACAACCAUGACUGCAAUAUUAUGAGGGGAUUUUAGGACAAUGGUGAGGCUUACUGCUUUGUUCUUAGAUUCGUUCCACAGUUUAUCACUUAUUGAUUAAAUAGAGCUAAUCACGAUAUAUAAAGAAAACAAAAUAAUGCAUCUCAGGUGUUUAAUACAUGACACUAAGUCCAUAACCAAUUGAUGAUAACUAUUUUAAUAACCCAUAGAGUAAUAAAGUGUGCAUUAUAAAAUGUGAUUAAUUUUAUAUAAUCCACCAUUGAAAAAGUAGUUUUUGCUAUCUUAUCUUAUUCUGCAAUGUGAACUUUGGACAUUUUACUGACUAAAUAUAUUGUCUUUUGAAAUAGAUUUGGCUGGCUUCAUACCGGCAAAUAGUUAUUUGUUUUUUGUUUAAUUUGUAAAUGGUGACCAAUCCCUAGUGGUGACUGAUCCCAAAACACAAGGCAUAUUUCAAAGUUCAAAGUGUCUGUAUGUCUUAUCAUGGCCUCUAUAAGCUCUCUGCUCCAAGUGCACUUUUCUGGGCGGUAUACUGAUCUAAAACCACUAGGAAACACCUUUAUAAAAGACCUUGAUAGAGAAACUGUGAAACAUUCAUGAAAUACUUGCAAUGUCUAAUAUAAGGGAUGGUCGUUUUAGUUUAGAGUCGCAUUUACUCAAUUUCUGGCUAUCUUUGUACGUUUCCCUUUCAUUCAUUAGCCUUCGAUCUUUAACCCUUGAAUGAUUUGCCUUCAAACACAUGCGUGGUUUCAUGGAAAGGCCUACUUGGGAACACUUGGAAGUUUUGACCCACUGCACUGCUACCAUCUGAUUUCAGGGAGCGUUUCAGCGUAGAGACCCUCUUCUGAGGUAACUAAGAUAACAACUACAAGAAGAACAUCUUUUGUCACAGCUGUAUGUUCUCUAAUAAACUUACAGGUAAAAAUUCUGGCUUGAUUCAUCCUUCCUUCAAUUAUAGGCAGUCAAAUAAUUGUUAAUGCACGACGCUGAAGUUGGCAUCCGAUUCGCAGCAUCCGAUUCAGCAGCUGGUCCACUUUAAAUCGUUCCUGAUUGAAAACCACUACACCUAGACUCUUCAAAUCUGGACUAAAUGAUCACAGUGAGGCUAUACAUUAUAAUAAACAUAGUUACAGAUUUGUGAAACCUUUUUUCUAUUUGUGAAAAUGCAAUACAGACUAAUUUUAAUGCUUUUUAGGGGUCCAGACUGCAUUAGAACGGGUCCUGAUUGAAAACCACUACACCUAGACUCUUCAAAUCUAGACUAAAUUAUCACAGUGAGGCUAUACAUUAUGUAAAAGAUAGUUUCAGAUUUGUGAAACCUUUACCCUAUUUGUGAAAAUGCAAUAAAGGCACAUUUUAAUGCUUUUUAGGGGUCCAGACCGCAUUAGAACUGAUCCUGAUUAAAAACCACUACACCUAGACUCUUCAAAUCUGGACUAAAUUAUCACAGUGAGGCUAUACAUUAUGUAAAACAUAGUUUCAGAUUUGUGAAACCUUUAACCUAUUUGUGAAAAUGCAAUGCAGUCUGGACCCCUAAAAAGCAUUCAAAUAAGCCUGUAUUGCAUUUUCACAAAUAGGGUAAAGGUUUCACAAAUCUGAAACUAUGUUUUACAUAAUGUAUAGCCUCACUGUGAUAAUGUAGUCCAGAUUUGAAGAGUCUAGGUGUAGUGGUUUUCAAUCAGGACCGAUUUGAAGAUUCUAAGUGGUUUUCAAGCCGAAUUGGAUGCUGCGAAUCGGAUGCCAACUUCAGCGUCGUUGUUAACGCAACAAGUGCUGACAGCGACAGCCUACCCCUAAGUCAGUGAUCAUAUCAUUAAGAGAGCUUCACGCAAUUUUAAAGUAUUUAUUUAUUUCCUCGUAAGUUAACCACGUGAAAUAUAGUUAAAUUACUAUUAAUCAGAUAGACUAGUGUAGCCCGAGCAUAGCUGUCUGGGUGAUCAGUUCGAGCCCCACCGGGACCACAAUAUGCCAAGAGUGCAUGCAUUCACGCCUAGGUCGCUAUGGUAGCUCUCGGGAACUCCAGCAGACGACGGACGAGCCCCACAUCUCUCGCGAGGAACGACGCCGUUAUCGGAAUCUCUACAAACAACACGAGAAUUCGUCAUUCACACGCUGUGAAUGAUGUCAGAGGGAGACUUGGAUGAAAUCGUACAAAUUACAGUGGAGGACUUCGCUCAAGGCGACCAGAACGAAAUGCUGGAAAAUCAUGAAGACGAUGGAGAAAGGUCCCAACGGAAAAGGAGAAAAUUGAGCACAGAAAACAACAGCCAGGAUAUAUCCUCGAUAAGGAGCCUGUUGAGUUCCCUCCAGUCCACAAUAUGCCAGCGUCUCGAGGGCAUCGAGUCCAAGCUGCAGGCCGUGGAGGCCUCGUGUAAAGCCUUCGGACGGAAGCUCGACAGCCUGGUGCCCAGUGCUAAGAGCCAGAGUCCCAUCCAGGUGCCCAUGGUGGCAGGCUCCCCGCAGGGUGCCACCCAGACCUGGAACAAAGUGCGAUGUGUUGUUCCACAAACGAACGUGAUCGUGAGCAGUGACCGGCCCAAGAGCUCCAUCCCGGAAGACAGUCCUCUGGAGAACCUGCUCAGCAACACGGUGGGCAGCGGCCGGCGCCAGAACACCAUCCUGGUGAAGGUCCCCGGCCCCGAGGAGAGCCAGGAGGACCAGGACAGCGGCUCGGAGGCCAGCGACUCGGUCUCCAACAGCGGCAACACGUCCAACACGCAGAACGGACAGACGGUCACGCUGAUCACGCUCAACUCGGAGGAGGACUUCCCAGCAGGCACCUGGCUGGGCGACGAGAACAACCUGGAGAUGCGCGUGAGGUGUCCCAUCUCGGCCGCCGACAUGCUCCACAUCGCCACCAACUGCCGGACGGCGGAGAAGAUGGCCCUGACCCUGCUGGACUACCUGUUCCACCGCGAGAUCCAGGCCAUGUCCAACCUGUCCGGCCAGGGCAAGCACGGCAAGAAGCAGCUGGACCCUCUCAUGAUCUACGGCAUCCGCUGCCAUCUGUUCUACAAGUUCGGCAUCACAGAGUCGGACUGGUACCGCAUCAAGCAGAGCAUCGACUCCAAGUGCCGGACAGCCUGGAGGCGCAAGCAGCGGGGACAGAGCCUGGCGGUCAAGAGCUUCUCCAAAAGGGUCCCGCGCUCAAGCACUGAUGGGGGCGGCGUUGAGACAACCCACAUGGAGACGACCACCCAGCAGACCCUGCACUACUCCUUGGCCAAUCAGCAAGUCCAGAUCCACCGCAUAGGGGAAGACGGUCAGGUGCAGGUGAUUCCUCAAGGUCAGCUACACAUCGCUCAGGUGCCACAGGGAGAGGAGGUGCAGAUCACUCAAGACAGCGAGGGAAACCUGCAGAUCCAUCAGGUGCACGUCAGCCAGGACGGACAGGUGUUGCGGGGGGCUCAGCUCAUAGCGGUGGCCUCGUCUGACGGGGGGGCCACGACGGUGGAGGGCAGCAGCCUCCCCUCGGACAUCCAGGUGCAGUACGUCCAGCUGGCCCCCGUCGCAGAUCACACGACUGCUGUACAGGCCUCAGAGCUGGCCCCCGGCAUGCAGGAGGACCUGGAGGUGAAGGAGGCCCUCCAGGGAGCCAUGCAGUCAGAGAACGGCGAGGUGGUGCAUGUCGUCAACUCUAUCAUCUCCUGAAGAGGGGGGACCGUGCCCUCCUCUAAGCCCCCCAAAGACAUGCUCCUGACCGGGGAAAACCCCCUCUGGAGCCCAGCGGCCAGCAGGGGGCGCCACCACGGACGAUGCUUUUCUUGUUCAGUUUUUUGUAUUUUCCAACAACGGUGGUGAGGAUUGAUUGGAGCAUGAAGAACCAUAUCAGUUGUUGUUUGUUUUUGGCCCUCCCAACAACACCAUGAGUUCAAGUGCGUUGAAGUUCUCUUUGGCGAAACUUCAGUGGGGAGGCAGUUAGGCGGGGUCGUGCCAGGUCGGAUGGACCCGGCCCAACCCCCCCCCCCCCCAUCCAGGGCAUACCCAACGGACCCGGGAGUCCUCCUCCCACGGAGAGCGCCUGGCAGAACCACGGCCCCCCCCCCCCCCCCCCCCCCCCGGUACCGCAUCCAUCUGCACCCGCCCUGCUUACGUCAAAUCUAAAGGUUCAAGUUAAGCUCUUGUUGGUUCAUGUUGAUCCUAUUCUCUGGGUUCAGUUGCGGUCCUCGACUCCACCUUCAGACUAAGCAGCGCAGCCCUCUGUUUUCACCUUGAUAUGAUACGAUAUAAUGUAUGUUUUUCGGCGGACGUCCAGGACUUGGCCGAGGCAGGUCUCUCUCGUUACCCCAUGGGGCUGCGGUGUCCUGGGGCUGGGCUGUGGGCCGUGACCCGUGAUCACUAAGAGUCAGCUCUCCUGGCGUUCUGAAGCGGUCUCUGCUUGUCGUAAACCCUGCCUUCCCCAAGGGCUCCCCUGGCUGUUUUCGUAUUGCCGCCGCCGCAUCGCGUUGUCCCUCGGUUAGAUUUGUCUAAUUGUAACAUGCUGAAAUUUUUUUGGUUUUUCUGGUUUAUUUUUCCCUCCCCCUCAAGGUAGAAUACCACAUAGUAGACAGGGUAAGGGAUGCAAUGGGGCAGACUUUGUAACCAAUAGAAUGGUUAGUAAGUCUUUGGGUUUGUCUCUGAGAAAUAUGAAUUCUUGUGAAUAAAAUAUUUUGUGGGUCCCUGUCAUGUGUGUUUUUAAUUUGUCUGGUUGGCAAAGAAACGGCUUCAGGUUCCAGAAAAAAAAAGCUGCUUUUCACAGGAUGGCCAGAAAAUAGUCUCGUUUACUGUUCGACUCAACUGUUUCUAACAUUAAGUAUCAAUGAAUAGCUUGAUAUUGAUCUCUACUGGUCCAGACUACUGCAUACUGUUUAUCCGUCCAGAUGCAACUGGACAGACACUGAUACGUAGGAUCUACUGAUUGAAAAUUAAUGGGAUUUCAUGCCUGUGCACACGUCACAAAAUUACCCAUCGCUCCAUUGU